AUGUCGUCGACACAAACUAUAAUUUUCUCCGUAUUUUUUCUUCUUUUCGCCUUGUGCUUAGCUCGGUCAGAAAUGGAGUCUGUCGGAGAACCUGUUGAGUACAGCGACAACCAAGUUUUCGAUAACGCAAGGCUUCCAAUGUACCUAAGUGGAGCUAACGGCUACCAAAAGCGAUGGGCCAAUCAGGUGCGCUUCGGAAAGCGAGGAAGCUGGGCUUCUAGCGUCCGCUUUGGUUAA